AUGUUACGAAUAUUAGUAAUAAUUAUAUUCUUAUCAUAUUAUCAAAUUGAAAGUGUUCAAAUUGAAUAUCCAGCUAAUAUACAUGUUAAAGAACAAAUACGUACAGAUAUUAAUUCAAUUGAUCAAAUUUUUCGAUAUUAUAUUAUACCACGAGAAAUUCAAUUUCAUGCCGAUGCAUUACAAGGUCGAUUACCAUUUUUUUUAAAAUGUAAAGGAUCAAAAAGUUCAAUAAAUUUUACUGUUCCAACAACAGCAAUUGAUCAUUUAUCACUUGAUAUGGAUCAUAAUUCAUAUAUAAUUACUGCUACAUUAAGAAGAAAUCAACUUCGUUCAGAACUUGUCGGACGUUAUACAUGUUCAGAAACGAUUGAUGAUAAACGAUCUGAAACAUCUGUUCAUGUAUUUAUUCAAGAUGGAACUUCAGUAUUUACAAAAAGAGUUUAUCCUAAAGUUUUUCCACAAACAGGUAUUCAUUUUUUUAAUUUACCAUGUCAAACAACCAGUUGGUAUCCACGAAUGUCAUGUCCAACUCAUUUAAGUCAAUGUCAACCACGUGAAUGUAAUGCUAAAGAACGUCAAGUUAAUGAACUUAAAUGUAAUAUACCUAAAUGUGAUGGACAAGAUAUAUGUAUUCCUGUUUAUUAUACACCAACAAAUUUACAACCAACCAAAGUUUUUUUUGAUCCACAAAUCGGUUUUGCAUUAGAAAAUCCAAUAAUACCAAAAGAAUUGACUGAAUUUACUUGUAUGAGUAAUUAUACACCUAGUCAAAUAUCAAGAAUUCCAUUUGAUUCAUUCGAUCCUGAUUAUAUUCUAAUUCAUCAAUCAAGUUUAAAUGUAAUGCCUGAUGAAAUGUUAAGAUUAAGUUGUGAAAUUCAAUAUGGAACAAAAGUUGGUCGAAAAAUACCAAACAUUUUUUGGUAUGAAGAUAUUUAUAAUCUUAAUCUUGUUGCAAAUGAAACUGGAAAACCUUCAUUUAAUGAUUUUACACAAAUUUAUAGUCGAAAUAGUUCAAUAACUCUUCGUGGUUUUAAAGCACAUCAAAUUUAUAGAUUUUAUUGUGUACGUGUAUCUGAACAAGGAAUUUAUUCACGUUCUGUUGAUAUUACAUGUGUUGAUAAACCUUCACUUGAUCUUGAAAUUACUUCAAGUGGUUCAGAUACAGAUAUUCCAGUAUCUUAUGGUUCAGAUAGUAGUUAUGAUAUAACUAUUUUUACUGUUCCACGUUCAAAAAUUCGACUUGACUUAACACGUAAUGGAGUAUCUUUAGAAAAUGAUAAACGAUUUGAAUUAAAACUUGAUUCGGAUCGUGAAAAUCAAUAUUAUGAAUAUACAUUAACGAUUUAUAAUAUUACAUUCAAAGAUGAAACAGAUAUAAAAAUUGUUGCAAAAUCUUCUGAAUUAGAAAGAACGAAAACUAUUAAACCAAUUGUAACUGGUAAUCCUAUUGGUCAAUUAUCUUUUCUAUCAAAUGAUAUUAAAAGUACAAUACCAUGGCGUGAUCAAUAUAAUAAAAAUAAAUUAAAUAUUGAUUCAUAUGGUAUAUAUGAACGUGAAUCUUAUCAAAUUGUUUGUACAGUUUGUCAUCGUGCUGAUAUAGUACGACCAUUAAAUGUAUUUAUUCAUGAUAUUCAAUGUUCAAUUGACAAUUGUUUAUCAGAUAUUAUUGAUAAAACAUGUCGAUCAUCAUCGAAUCCACGUGUAUUACAUACAACAGUAAAAAAUAUAGAUAGUUUUACAACACAAUUUAUUAGUAGUGAAUCCGAAAUUAUUAAUGAUCCAUCAAUUGGUCAUCAAUAUGUUUGUUGUUAUGAACAAACUGGAUCAAUUAUGCUUGCAAAAUCAUUAACAGCAUUAGCACGUAAUCGUGAUAUGUUUGUUGUACAGAAACCAGAAUUUAGUUUAGUUACUGGUGAUAUUUUAAAAUAUAGAUGUGAAAGUCAUGAUAUGAUUUAUGAUGAUCUUCGAAUGAUUUAUAAUGAUGGUUUAUUUACAUAUGAAAGAAAUCGUUUUGAUCCUCAAUGGUAUUUAUUCGGAACUAAACAACCGAAACAAACUGAUCUCGAAUGGUCAACAUCAACAAGUGAAACUAUUCGAGAUACAAUUAUUGAAGUAAAAACAUUACCACUUAGAAAAAUUGGUAAAAUUGGUUUUCUUCAAUGUAUGGCUUUAUCUAAACGACCAGAUGUCAUCUCAAAUAUGAAUGAUACAUAUAAUAUUCAUGUAGAUGAUCCUGUACCAUUAAGAUUUAAAAAUAAUUUACCAGCAAUUGAAAAACUUGAACGAAAAUCAGGUACUAAUGUUGUUUUUGAUUGUUUAUAUGAUGGACGACCACAGCCAAAAGUCAUUUGGCUUAAAGGAAAAUUACCUUUGUCAAGUGAUAAUUCAACAUUACAAAUUCGUGAUAAUAAUGGAAGUGUUCAUAUCACUCGUGUUCAAGCUUCUGAUACUGGUUAUUAUACAUGUGAAUUAAUAAAUGGUCGUGAUCAAACUUUACGUCGAAGUUUUGAUUUACGUGUUAAAACACCAUAUAUACAUUCAAGAUAUCGUCGAUUAAUAUUCAUAUUUAUAAUAUUAUCUGCUUGUUUAAUACUUAUUCUACUUAUUUUACUUAUUAUUCUUGGUGUAAAAUAUUAUAAAAUGAAAAAAAUUGUUAAAUCAAGUAUUUUUCAUGCUCAACAACCAGAUCAACCUGAAGAUGAAUCUCAACCACCAAUGGCACAAUUAACACGUAUACGUUUACCAGAUAAUUUUGCAUCAACACAACAAGUUCGUACAUUACUUGGUUAUGUUAAUAAUACAUUAACACCUACUGUAGAAGAUGAUUUUAAAGAACUUGGUCAUGGUCAAUAUGGUGUUGUUUAUCAAGUACGUUUACCAGAUGUUGGUCUUGUUGCUGCUAAAUUAUUACCAGAAUCUAUACGUAAUAUUGAACGUCGUCGUGAUAAACGUAAAAAAGGUGAUGAUAAUGAAGAAAGUCAAGAAAUGAUUACAAAAAAACAUGAAGAACAAAAGAAAAAAGCUGCUGAAAUGUUAAUUGAUGAAAUAAAAGUUAUGCAUAAAGCUGGUAAACAUAUUAAUAUUGUUUCAUUACUUAAAGUUGCAUAUCCAGAAACAAAAAUAAAAUAUAUACUAACAGGUGGUCUUAUACGUGAUGAAGAUUCAUUUUAUUUAAUGGAAUUAUGUUCAAAUGGUUCACUUGAAUCAAUGCUUAAACGUUUUCUUAAAAUAUCAUCAAAUAUAUCAGAUAAAAAAUUAUCAUUAUAUGAAACACUUGCUAAACAAAAUGAACCAGGAAUGACUAUUACACAAGCAUAUAAUUCAUGUAUAUUAACAGAUGAUGAUUUAAUUUUAGCUGCUUAUCAAGUUGCUUGUGGUGUUGAUUAUUUAAAUAGAAAACAAAUAGCACAUUGUGAUAUAGCAGCACGAAAUGUUUUAGUUAGUUCAAGAUUUAUUAUGAAAAUAUGUGAUUUUGGUUUAGCAACAUGGACAACAUAUAAAAAUUAUCGUGAACAACUUGCACAAAAUGAAAGUGUACAACUUCAAAAGAAACAUAAUGAAUUAGCAACACAUAAUUUAACACCAGAACUUGCUCGAGCUAUUUUACGUGCAUCAACUCCUGAUGAACGUCUUUUACUUAAUAAAACAUCAAUAAAAUCUGAUGUAUGGUCAUUUGGAAUAUUUCUUUGGACAUUAUUUCUUAAAUGUCGAAUUCGACCAUUUAAUAAACUUUUAGAAGAAAUGGAAAAUAAAUCUGAUGGUGAAAGUUUUUUUCAUCGACUUGCACGUGUUGUUAGUGAUGGUCGUGUUCUAAAAUAUAUUGAUUAUCAACCAGAAAUUCCACGUAAAAUUUAUGCCCUUAUUCGAGAAUGUCUAGUUGAAGAAAAUCAUCGACCAACAAUGACACGAAUUCGUGCUCUUUUAUGUCAUUCAAAAAUGUUAUCAAAACAAGCUUUUGAUUAUUAUCGAAAUGAAUAUAAUCGUUAUCAAGAAGAAGAUCCAACAGAUGAGAAUCGUCUCAUUUUUGGUGAAGAACAAGGUAUUAGUGACUUACCAUCAUUUGAUGAUGAUAAUAGUACUAGUUCAUCGAAUCCUCCUCGUAAUAAUGAUGUCACAUAUCGUUCAACAUCAACAAAUAAUUAUUAUCCAACAACAAGUGAUAAUACAUCACAUACAUAUUUAUCUCAAUCAGAUAAAGAUUAUUCUGAACAAAAAGAUGAUUCAUAUUUAACACCAUCGACAACAUCAACAAAAACAGAUAAUAAUCAACAACAACGAACAAUAGCUGGUAAUAUAUCAGAUAAAUUAGUACCAUUAAUUAAAGAUAAUAAGAACAUUUCAACAAUUGAAUCAAAUAUUCCUCCUGUCAUUCCUAAAGUUCGUGCACCAUUAAGACCACCUCCACCUCCACCACGUUCAUCAAUAAAACGUGAUAAUGAAGGUGGUGAUAGUUAUGUAUGA